AUUUUAACUCAUUUUCCAUUUCGGUACACUGUGUGCUCUCGUUGCAUGAACAUGUGUUUUCUGCCGUGUGGAGCGAGCACCUACCUACCGGUCCUAUUAGAAAACCCAAAACCACCAACAACAACAACUCACUGCUUUGACUGUCUGGCUGCCGGUGAUUGUUUUUCUCUUGGCAAGCGACAGAUUCAGUUUGCACAGGGCGUUUGUACGCUACGGUCGAACGGUACGGUUUUGUGGAUGUUCUUCUUUCCAGUGUUGAGAACGGCGAGCAUUUUUUUAUUUUUAAAAUUCGAGCGUUUAUUUUAAAGACUCACUAUUGGUGACAAGUGAAAAAAUAACAACUAAUUAAUUUGUGAGUGAUGGAUUUGAGAUGGGAUGCUCUCUCUCUCGUGUGUGAGGAAAAAAAGCAGAAGAAGAAAAAUAUUGAAAAAAAUUAGAAAAUAUAUAAAAAAUAAUUAAUGAAUGCAAUUUUUUAAAAAAUCAUAACAACAACUACAAAUAAAUAAUGCCUAAUGAUCGGUAAAGAAGAGAAGGAAAAAACAGAAAAAAAAAUUAGAAAAUCCAAAGAGUCUGUUAAUUAUCGAAUAAUUAAAUAUUAACAUUGUUUUGAGAGUGAAUACCGUUGUAACAACAACAACAACUGCUGCAGUGAAGUGAAGUGAAACAAAUUAACAACAAUUACUAAAGAAAAGCAAAGCAACCUUCUUCCCCCCACCAACCCAUGCUCAUUAGACCCCCCUCCGCCUAUUGUGUGUGUGGAGUAAAUGCAUUUGGUUUCAUUACAAUUUGACCUCCGUAGAAAAAAUUUUGAAAUUAUUUCAAUAUUUUCGGUUUUGUUACAAAUUACAAACAUAAAGAUCAUUUAUUUAGCUCACAUUUUUUGAUGAAAUAUAGCCACUUGGAAAUUAAAAUUAAAAAUCAAAAAAUCGAAAAAAAUGAUUCGAAAAGUGAAGGCCACUUCCAGUCAAUGCAAUUGAACCCAUCGUUAAUGUAACAAUCCAGGGGAGAAGAAAAAUGUACGAAAAAAGUUAAAUACAUAUGAAAUCCGAUCAGUUUAAUAAAAAAAAAAAUACAAAUUUGUUAAACAAAAUCACAACAGCAACACAAGUGCACUGCCAACUUUAUAAACAAAACAAACCAACGAAAAUUCGAAAAAAAAGAACAACAAAACGUCAAAUUGUUUGCAUGUUAAAUGAAUGCAAAUUUACGGUUAUUUGAAAAUAUGUUCACCUGUUUUUGUUUGAAAUGUUGUUGUUAAAAACCAAUUGAAAUCGAAAUAAAAAAUAAACAACAACCAAGUUUGAGAAAAAAAUCAAAAUUUAAAAAAAAACAAGUAAUUUGCUGUUUAUUUUUAAAAACAAAUUGUUAACUGAAGACAAACCGAACGAAACAAGCGUGAAAAAAAUAAUCAUAAUUAUCCAAACAAAGUUAUUGAGCCGGAAAACCACCAUCAAAUUAAUUACAAUUUUUUUUUAAUUUGAAAAUUCAGAAGAUAAAAAUAUACUAAAAAUAAAGUAAAUAUAAAAGGAAAAAAACUGCGAUACUAAGGUCAAAAUCCGGAAAAAUGCUAAGGACAAUUUAAACCCUACAAACAAUCCAAAAUACAACCCACAACCUAAGACAAAAAACCCUUCCCCACAAUAGUAAAAACACCAUCAAAAUGAAUCGCCUCCGAUCCCAUAAGUUCAAAUUGAACAGUGCCCCAGAUGUGCCUGAGGCGAACAACAACAACAACAGCAGCAGCAGUAAUAGCAACAAUGGCAGUGGUCUACUCAACAACAGCCUCAUCAAUAAAAUCAGCAAACGCUACUCCACCCUUAGCAGUAAAAUUACACGUCGCAGCCAGACUGGAAGACGGGCGGUGUCACCACAAAAAGUAAUUUCCGGUAGCUAUGAUAUGACCGGUUCUCUAUCCGAGGAUCAUCGUUUGGAAAUCGGUGCUCCAGUUCUGAUAUCAUCCACAACACUGGAUGCGGAACGUUUCGAUGUUAGCGAGGAACGUUUGAAAAUGAUUGGUGGUGGUAUUGCGGCCACGAAUUGCAGUAAAAUCAAGACCAUUGACUUGCCCAUCAACAGCAACCUUAAGGCCCUGCAGGAAUUGGAACAAAACAAGGCCAUUCACUCGUCGUCGGGUAGUGAAAAUGAGAUUUUCGUGGAUGCCCUUAGCAGUACACCGGUGGUGGUGGUAACUGCCGAUGGAGGAGAGCAACAGGAAAAGGAUGUUUUCGAAAUGGCCUUUGACACGCCUCAGAAAAUUGUGAAAAGAGAAGAAUUGGAAUGCGCCUCCCCCAGCUCUGAAAAAUCCUCCGACAGUGACAUGACACCCGUCAAUCAAAUGUCCAAUUACUACGAAACGACAAGGACCACAAAUCAUCAGCGACCGAAAUCAAUAUUGGCUCAGAAGGGCCAUUCCCAGUCGGCACAGAAUUUACAUCGUUCCGAAAUCAAGGUUUAUCUGCAAAAAGCGCCCUCCAUGAAUCUCAUGGAGGAAGAGGAUCAAAUAAUGACCACCAAUACGGAGGAGGAGGAGGACAUUGAAAAUAUGGCCUUGCCAAAAUUACCAGAACUGUAUGGCCAAAGUAAAUGUGAUUUGGCAGCCACAACAGACAACGAAUUGAAUGCCGAUGAGGAUGAUGAAAUGACCGGCAAAGAAGAGGAGGACAACGAUGCAGACAAGGAGAAUUCCUCCCCCUCUGUGGUUGCUGCAGGGGUUUUGAAGAGCAAAAGUGAACCAAAUACCCCCUUCUUUUUGGAACCGAAACGCAGCAGUUUCUUGAGCCAGAAAAAGCUUUUCCAAAGUGCCGAAAACAUCCACCAAAGACGCACCAAACGACGUAGUGUGGUCUUCAGCAGUAGUACAUCCAUCAACCAUCGAAAUGGGGCCGCAAUUGGCCUGGGCUCCAAAAACAGCCUGUGUAGCCAAGCUUCGCUGAAUUUUGAUGAUUACGAUUUGAAAUCGGUUAGCUGUCAAAGUUUGAAUCCCCAAUCACUGUUCGUCUCCAUAGAUGAGCUCAACGAGAUCACUCGUCAAAUCAAUGAAUCGGAGGAUUUCAAUCAGGACAUUGAUUUGGAGUAUUGCAUGCAUCGCGAUCAGCUAAAACCGAGUGAAAGACGCAUAACUCUGCUGAAGAAUAAAAAUGCCCGCCUCAUAAAUUUCACCCAUAACAAGCAGAAGCUGAAGAAGGGAUGGACGGGCGUCAAGCAUUGGAUCGGUGAGGAGGGCCAUAAAAUAAGGGAGGUGGUACAGCGGCAACCAUUGGUGCAAAGAAUCGGUUCGUCGAAGUUGAAUCUAAGCAAUGCUGAAUGCCGAAAUUCUCCCUCGUUGAAUGGUAGCACGGUUCUGCGGCAGGCUGCCAGUCGAGGGGCGUCGCAGGAUAAAAGUCUCGAUGAAAGUGGUCGGGAGUCGAAAAUGACCUCAUCCAUGCAUUUAUAUGACAGCCAGUGCCUGAGUAGUGACAACAUUGCUGCUGAUAGCAGCAAUGAGCUGAAUGAUUCGCGUGAGGCGGAACAAUCGUCGCCGGGCACAAAGAAGCCGGGACAAGAGGGCCAAAAUGGCUUCGAAGAAUUGCGUCGAUAUGUCAAACAAGGUGGAGAUUUUGGCAAAGAACUUAUUGUUAUACUUCAAGAAAGAAUCGAUUCUGAACUUAUGUACUCGAAAUCUCUCUCGAAAAUGGCCAAUAAAUUGAACAAGGCAUGUCGUGAAUUACCCGGUACCAUUGCUGAUGCCUGGCGUGGUGUGGCUACUGAAAUGGAAACACGCAGUGAUAUACAUCGCCAGCUAUCAGCUUCUCUGGCCGAGGAGGUUGUUAAGCCACUAAAAUCAAUUGUAGAGGGGCAUCAUAAGACCAGGAAAUCGGUCGAAAGUAAUGUGGACAAGGCUGCACGCGUCCUGGCGGAAUGGCGUGCCAGUGAGGCCAAGGGCAAAAAAGCCUCGCACACAGCUGCUCGGGAAAAUGAAAAACUCCAAGAUGCCAUGUUGGAUGUAAGAAUACAAAAAUCCCCCUCCAUUGCCCUGCUCCAUCAAAGCGCGAACAAACAAGCCGCCGAGAAGGAAAUCAAAUUGGCCGAAAAAGAUUGUGCCAAAUUGGAUAAUAAACGGAAGAAGGCCGAAGAAGCUGUCAAGAAGGCUGAUGUGGAAUACUACACCCUGUGCAUUCGUGCCGAAAGGGCCCGAGUCGAUUGGGAAAUGGCAGUGCUGAGGGGAUCUUCUCUUUUGCAGAAUAUUGAAAAUCAACGUCUCAUCAAUAUGAAAAAUUUCGUCUCGAACUAUGCCGCCCUGACGGCCAACAUGAAUCCGAUUAUGGAAAGUCUUAUGCAACGUCUACAGCCGCAGGUUGAUAAUUGUAAUGUGGUCAAGGAUAUGCAAAUCAUUAAAAAUAUUCGCCGUAAUGCUGAGGGUCCAAGUGAACAGUUGCUGCCAGAUUUCUACUGCGAACACACCACACUGGCCAUGAAUCGCGAGAGGCGCAAACAUGCCCUGGUGAAACUUUUGCAGCUGGUCAAAACGGAUUUGGAAAGGGAAAGACGUUCGCGUAAUGGCCUAAAGGGUCUGUCACAGUCGUUAAAUAGCCAGGAACAUCAAAAUAUUACCGACAAGUUGUAUCAUAUUCGUUCAAUGCUUACUUAUUUGGAGGGUGCUCGUUUCAAGCUUCACUCAGCUUUGUUGGAAUUGGAUCAUAAGCCUAGAUCAUCACAUCCUUUGGCCCAGCAUAUACAGAUAACCCGGGAUCGUACUGGCCUGCAACAAAGCAUACUCAAAGUACCCUUAUGGCUAAAGAACAACGACAAGAUCAGCAAUCCCCAGUAUGGUGAUGAUCCGAACAACGAUUACGACAGUAUGUCACAGAGUAACACCACAACAUCGACAACAAACAUUAGCUGUGUGGAUGGCAAUGGGUCGACCGAAGGCAGUUUUCCAAUGAAAAAUUUCAAUCGCAGUAAAAGUAAUAUUGAAACAUUUUCGAAUAAGGCCAAAGUUUGUGUUGCAACAAAUGCGGCGGCGGUGGGAGCGGUAAAUGGAAAAACUAAAACCUUGUCUGGAACAACGGCAAAUAUCUAUGAUGAUGCCUGCAGUGAUGAUCGUGGCCAGGCCGAUGGUGGUUCCAAUCAACAAGAUUCCGAUUUUGAUGAGUUCAGUUCACAGGACGAAGAUGAAGAGGGUCAGCUGACGUCGUCGACAACAACAGUGGGAGUGGGUGGACGUAAAGAACAUAAGGCGAAUAUUGAGAAGUCCUUGCAGAAUGCCGAGAAUUAUUAUCAAAAUUCAAUGGAAAUUAAACAGGAACAACAACAGCAGCAGCAGUAUCACAUAAGUGACAAUAACACCACAACGACAGCAACAGUACCAGCAUUAAAUGAAUCUUCAACACCCCAUCAUCAUGUAGUUUUAGGUAGAUGUAAGGCCCUCUAUAAUUAUACACCAAAAUUGUACGAUGAACUUGAAUUGAUUCCUGGCGAUAUCAUUGAAGUUCAUGCCAAACAGGAGGAUGGCUGGUGGUUGGGUGCCCUGCGCAAUCAAGUGGGCAUAUUCCCGGCAACGUAUGUGGAAGAGAUUGCCUGAGGAGAAGGCACAGAAAAAUUAGCAAUUAUUUGAGGUUCAAAUUAUGUGUGUGUGUGUUUUGAAGGCUAUGUUGGAAAAAGAGCAUUCGAAAGAUGACAUUUUCCAUCUCACCCAAAACUCCAUCAUCAAAACGACUGCCAAUUGUUAUUGUAUUGUAGUGUCGUCGUUGUAUGUACUUACUCCCCCAAAGGUUUUGUUUUGGAAAAGUAGAAACAUUUUGUAAUUCGUUUUAAAUGAAUUAUUGGCAUUUUAACGAUUGUUUUAAAUUAAUUGUUAAAAUUUAAAUAUUGUUAUUUAUUCAGAGUGAAGUAGUUGUAGAAUGUAUAUUCUUUGUAAUUUAGGGUCCCAUGUAAUCUAAAAGUAUAAUGUCUUGAAUUUGGAUUUGAAAACACUUUCAUAAACUGAGUUAUACCCUUGGAAAUAUUAUGUGAAAUCAAUUGAAAAAAAAUUAAUUUAGGGUCCUCUUUAAUCUAUAAAAAUUCUGUUCAAAAAUUGUAUUUUGCAUGAGCUAUAAACUAAAAUUUUUAAUGAGAAAAAAAAUUGUAAAAAAUUUAGUAAUUCAUUUGCGGGUUCCUUUAAAUCGCUUGCAUUUAUUUUAUCCAAUUAUAAUCGUUUAAUCUUUAGGAAUGAGCCACAAAAAAUUCCGAGACUUUUCAAUGAAAAUAUUAUUUAAAUCAGCCUAAAAGUAUGCUUUAGUAUUUCAGUUUCUUAAGUCAGUCACUGAUAAUCAUAAUGGUAUAGAAAGUUUUGCUUAAAUCAAAUCCUCAGUAAAUCAAGCUCAAAAGAGUCCUCUUUUCCCACUUUCAUUACCUUAAAUCCUUAACAAAUUUGACCGUUUCAUCCUGAUUAUAAGUAUUCUAAAUUCGCCUUGAGAAGUCAAAAUCAACAGAGUCUACAUUUCCAAAAUUCACCGCAUUCAUUAGCAUAAAUCCUCAGCAAAUCUCACCCUUUCAUCCUGAGAAUAAUUAUUCUGAAUUCGCUUUCAUAGCCGAGAGAGAGAAGACCUCGUUAAGCAUGACAACAAGGCCUUCUCUCCCCCGCCAAUUUUUCCAACCCCGUUUUCUUGGUUGUGGUUUCGCUGGAUUUUCUUAAUCGAGUUUGGAUGAUUGGUUACUAACAACUUAGACCAUGCAUAAAAGAACCCUUAGUUUUUGGAAAUUUUGUUACUUUCAUAUUUCGAAAAAAUUGUCCAAAAACCUGAAAUUGAUCUUUGUUGGGAGCUGCGCUCCUAUAUGAGUUUUAAAUUUUUUUCCCAGCGACUUCAAUUAAAUAUUAUUUUUUUUUAUUUCUAUUAAUUCAUAGUACUGAUCCUUUAAAUAAUAUCUUGGAUUUCCAUUCGGUCUAGUAUAUUUCCACGAUAUAAUCAGGGUUUCUAAAAACUCCACCUAAAAUCAGGUCCUUAUCCCUAUUUUUUGAGCAGAAAAAUGAGAUGAUUUAUAAAUCUAUCCUUAUCACCAAUCGUCAAUUCUAAGGAUAUUGUCUAGUAUCAUUCCUUCCUUAAAAAAGGAUUCCUUAAAUACUCAAUUCGUUAUGCUUUUAAUGAGCCGAGCAAAGGAGUGAGUUAGAUACCAAGAAUAAUUGAUAUAAUAGAUUUUGAAAGUUUCUAAAAGGGCUAUUUUUGAUUGAUAUUUUUAAAUAAAUUUAUCAUACCCUCUUUGUUCGUAUUCAUAUUUUUUUGAAUAAAAUAUGUAACUCUUUUCCAAAAUUAAUUUAAGAAUUGGAGUUUAGUCUUACAAACAUUAGACCUUUUUCCCUUUCCGUAGACGACCAAAAAGGCGCUAGUUUUUCGACUUGAAGACUAGUGAUCUGAUUGAUUGUUGAGGGACCUAUUAGAGGUUUAACAAUGUUGCUUUCAAAAAUCACCUAUCAUACCCUCAUCACUCUCAUAUGUUUUUGAAUGACAAAUAAUACAAAAAUUGGAAUUAAGUUCGUUUCAAAAAUUAGACCUUCUUCAGUUUCCUUAGACGACCUAAAAGGCGGCAGUUUUGCGACUUGAAAACAUUGGGACCUGAUUUAUUGUUGAGAGACCUAUUAGAGGCUUAAUAAUUUUUUUCUUCUAAAAAUCAGUUUUCAUAAUCCAUUUGAUUGAUUUCAUAUCUUUCUGAAUGAAAUGUCUAACUCUGUUCCAAAAUAGUUCAAAAAUUGGAAUUAAUUUUUUUUUCUUAAUUAGACCUCCUUCACUUUCCUUAAAAGAUUUCACAUUUUUACAAAUAUUCCUAGAAAACUGAACGUUUUAAUAUUUUAAAAUUAUAAUUAUCCAUCCAAAUUAAAAUAUUUUACAAAAAACUAAUAGCUCAGGUCUAAAAUGACUUAAGGGAAGAUAGUUGGGAUACAAAUCCUUCAAACAUUGGAACUUAUUUUCUUGACACACAGAAUUAGAUUGUUUUGAAAGCCAUGGGUAUUAAUUUUGCUUUAAUUAACAUUUUAUAAAUCCCUGCAGCAAUCAUGAAAAAAACCUCCAAAUCUUAUAUUAAAGUUAUAAUUUUUUAAAUAUUUAAGCUUAAGUUUUUUUCAAUCCAAAUAAUUAAUUAAUUGAUUUUUAUGAAUAACUCAGCUACUUGAAGUUAUAAUGAUUCCUUUUUUUUCUCUAAGGUCUCUUUGGGACCCUAAAAUGUACUUGAAGUUAUAAAGAUUCCAUUAUCUUCCAGUAAGGCCUGCUAAGGACCCUAAAAUCUACCACCCUCAAAAUAUUUACUCUACCUUUACUACAAUCCAAGUUAUAAACCAUUAAAUUGCCAACAAUUCAUUUAAAACGAUAGAAAAUUAUAUUCGAAACAAAAAAAAAACUCUGUCGGGGGAGGAAAAUUAGUGAAAACUUGUAGUGCCUUUUGUUGUUUUCCUUAGGAAAAUCAUGUAUCUCAUAAAGGAACACAUCACAUUGAAAGGAAAUUGUUAUAUAAAAGGAGCUUUUUUCACUUGCAGUGUCAGAGAGGAGGAUCUACAACAGGUCCUUCUCGUUUUCGUCUUGCUCUACGAAAGCGCUGGCAAGUGGAAUAAUGGCCGUAAAAAGAACAAAAAUAAAAGAAAAAUGAUUUUUCUCAUUUUCAUAGGUUUUAAUAGACGAAUAAAAUUCGCAUAAUUAUUGUGUAUUUUUUAAGAACUAUAAAUAAGCCACCCCACCCCUUCUACCCACUCUUCUAAACCAAAAACACGAAAAACAAAACAAAAUGAAUAUUUUUACUUUUAAUGCAUUCAUAUUCUAUUAUUAUUUUUGUUGUUACUGUUAUUAUUAUUAUUUAAUUUAAUUAUAUUAAGUCAUCUCAACACUGUCUUUUAAUUUUUAAACUAUUUAAACCCCAAAAAACUAGUUCGGCUAUAAGUUGUUCAUUACAUGAUGUAGUUUUAGCAAGUUUUUUCUUUAAGUUUUUAAAAAUUUCGUUUAAAUUUAUUAUUUUUGUAAAAAAAAACAAUUGAGUUAUCAUUGUAUGAUGUUCGUUCGAAACUAUUUCUUAAUAAAAAGAUUCGAAAUCUAAUGUAAAUCUUAGCAUAUUAAACCUACUUUUUCCCAAAGCUUCCAUUUUCAAAGUUUAAUUUCUGCCUGUAUAGAGUAGACAUCCAAUGACUGGAGGUCCAAAUUGAAAAUAAGUAAUGAAGAUUUUGUACACCAGAUUAAUGUUGUCUUCAUUUGGACAUGUCCCCCACAUGCAGCUCUACAACAACAAUAACAAAAAAAAAAAACAAAUGCAAUAUUUACUUAUUUAGCUAGUAAUCAUAUGAUUUUCGAUUUAAUGCCUUUUUUAGAGUUAAGCCAAACGAUUAAGAAGAAUAUCACAUAGUUAUUUAAGAGUCGAACCCCUCCACACAUGGAAUAUGGUUUCAGUAGAAUACAAAGAAACAAAUUGUAAAUAUUUCAAAUAAAUUUUGAGUAAAUAUAAA